UGAACGCGUAAUGUAUAACUUGUUUUGAGCGAUGUAUGCGGCGAUGUUACUUAAAUGCUGUUCAAAGCAUAGAUCGGCCGUGAGUGACCUGCAACUAUCAGCUGUCACCACAAACAUCAGUUAUAGUGAUCGAUGGGAAGCAGCCUGGAGUUAAAGACUAAAUUCGCAGCUAACGUUAGAAAGAGACGACGCCUGAGUUUAUUUGUAUUCUGAUUAUUUCAGUGCAGAACAUCAUAGGAACGAUAAAGCGUCUUCUGGAUCUUGGAUGAACACUCCUCCUGUCAUGAAGCAGAUAUUUCUUCAGGGACACUCAAUACCACAAUACUGUUACACAUGCUGAAUACAUUCUGCGGCCGCACGACUCCUAUACCAUGGGUACAGUGCCUGUUACGUCGACUAGCGGGUCAGGGAAUGACAAUGCCGAAACUCUGAGGGAAAAGGGGAACGCAGAAUUCCGGUUAGGGAGAUUUAUGAAGGCGAUUGACUAUUACACAAAGGCCAUCCAUUGCUGCAAUGAGAAUACAAGUAACGACACACCGUGGUGGUCCUAUAUUUUCUUUUGGAGGCAAAGUAAAACUUUCAGUUUGCUCUCUCGCCUCCAUGGGAACAGAGCCGAAUGUUACCUGAGAAGCAACAUGCCAACACAAGCUCUAACAGAUAGCUUGGAGAGCGCCAAGCAAGACAGAAGAAACUUCAAAGCCCAUAUUCGAGUCGGAAAAUCUCGUAAAGAACUCGGAGAGACAGUACAAGCUAUUGAAUCGUUCGUUACAGCCUUCAACGUCCUAUCCUCAAACUGCACUCAAGCCACAAAGCAGGAGAUACUUUCAGAAAUAGUGAAAUGUAAAUGUAUGCCCAACCAGAUCGCUGUCCCUCAGCUGUAUACUGUUGGGGGUGAGAUGUGGGCGGAGAUGGUGCUCUUUCAUGUUUCUGCCUCGGAUUGGAAUUCGGCCUACAAGGACUACCUAUUGAUGCUUAAUACACCUAUGAUGGUGUCUCAGGUGGACCUGGAUCUGAAACCACUCUGCAAUACUCGAUUUUUGUGUGAAAACCACUGGGCAGGGGAUUUCAUCUUAUUCCUAUUGAAAAUGGGAAGCAAACACCAUACUAUGACCACAAGAGCUGAUGAUACAUAUCUCCAUGCAGGCCUCGAAGUAGCGUUUGCCUCACAGAAUAUGGGCGUAUUUGAGUGGUUGUUUGAAAACAAAGCUCUGCCACGACAUGAGACUCAUAUGAAGGAUGGUGACGGAAAUUCCAUACUUCACACUGCAUGCAUGUGUUUUGCCCCACAACUCAUGAAGAUCAAAGUGCUGACAUAUCUCACUCAGAACUGUGUCGAUCCUCACGCAACAAACCAUAUGGGACGGAAAGCCAUUCAAUGCAUACAGCCAUCAGAUGAAUUCAUCACAGUGUAUUUCUUCUUGGCAAUACAUUAUGUUCUAGCUCACUUCACAAUUACAAGCAACAAAGAAGGGAUGGGUGCAGACCGCAUAUGUGAGAGCAUGUAUGAAGAGGGUUGGGCUUCCAUCUGCAGACAAGACACCGCCAAAUGUGUGGAUACAUUUGUUGGAAUAUUGAACCAAUAUCAUACUACAGCUUGUCAUCACACAGUUGUUGAGAAAUGUUUGUCGUCCAUUGUUAAUACUGCAAGUCCAUCGGAUCUCGAUAACAUCUCCAUAAAAAGGGUACAUGUUUCCAUCGUGAAGGCACUGAUAGAACGUCUUGCUUCAAGGGGAAUGUGGAAACAUAUGAAGACUGUUGUCGAUGUAUAUGGUGACGAAGGACUGGAUUCGGGACUUCCAAAUUCGAUAUCUAUUCCAAAUCUUCUAGACUGUGAUACAAUCAACGAUAUCGAAAAGGAAAGUGUUUUGAGGAUAGCCAACAGAUAUGGCGCAAAGUUUCCAGCUAAGUACUUUAAACAAGUCAUGUUGAAAGCAGCAUUGAACAAAUCCGUGGGCCUCAUGGAAUAUCUAUUUGAAAUUGGCGGCAGCCCUUUCUACUUGUCGGAUGAUACAAACUCGGAUGAGCCACAACUGCAUGCUGUCUUCAAUGCUUCUUCCACCAAAGCCUUACUGCGUGGCCUUGCCUUUCUAAAGAAGCUCAUUGCUCUGCACAGGUCAAAUCCAAAAACAUACCAUUAUCUUCAUCCCGGAAGAGCAGACGCACGGGGUGACACACUUCUGCACCUGGCCUGCAAGCGCAAGUAUAGUAAAGCAGCACUGGAAUUGGUUCAACUGUUGAUUCAAGAAGGGGUCCAAGUCGACACAAAGAACAAGGCGGGGCGCACGCCAGUCGAUUGCAUUGUCAAGCACAAUGAUCGGAGGGUUGUUUUGCUGAUACAAGCUGGAUACACAACACCAAAGACUGGGUCAAUUAAUAGCCAAAAGGAAAAGGAAGAAUCAAAAGAGAAAUUAUCCGAACACCAGAACAAGUCAUCUUUUACAACAGAGGAGCUUGCAGAGAAGAGAUCAAGUCAGGAAUCCACAGAAAAGGAUUCAAACCAGCAACAACACAGUUCACCAGGAAAAGACACUUCACAGAUUCAGAACGUUCGUAUGUUAGUGGAACGACUGUGUGCUAACAAUAAAGGAUCUCAGCAUCAGCGAACAAUCAAACAAAUUGUUGACACCGCGAAUGUAGAAGAUCUCCCUGGAAGCCUAAUGACUAUACCGCUUCCACAAUUGAAGAACCUCAUACAAAAUUUGGCAUCGAAGGGGAAAUGGCAUCAUGUGCUGAGAACGAUAGAGAUACUCGGAGUAGAAAACCUCUCUCCAACGUUGUUUCAGUCAAUUUCCAUAAGGAAUUUCAUCGCUAGUGAUUCUUUCCAAGGACAAGAAGACCAGAAACUGAAACUAUACACAAUCUUCUGCGAUCAUGGUGCAAACCUGUCUCCAAAGAAAGGAGCAGAGUCCAUGCAUUUUGCUGUAAAAUACAAAGAGGUACAACUGGCCCUUCGGUUAGUGGAGGAUGGGGUCAACACCUCUGCUGUCACAACCGACUCAGGGGGCAAUACACCAAUACAUACAGCACUAAUACUUGCGUUGGAAAAAGGUAACUUUGGCCUCCUUGAGAAAUUGAUGCAGCUGUACAAAGACGAUUCAAAGAGACAUUCAGACCUCAAUCCUAACAAGGGCAAUCAAGAUCAGGAUACACCACUGCAUGUAGCCUGCAAGUAUCCAUUUGGUGAGAAUGCAUACAACGCAGUUAAACUGCUCUGUCACUGGAAGGUUUGUUCCAGUGCUGUAAACUCAGAGGGGAAGACACCUGUUCAAUAUGUCAGGGAUGACAAGCGGUUUCAGUUAUUAAAUGGCUACAGACUUACACCGCAUAAAGGCAUGAAAGAAGAAACAAGGAUACAAACUAAAGCCCCCAAAAAGCGGCCGGCGAGUGAGACAAUUUUAGAAGAACACAUUGAGAGUUGUAAGGCAAGGAUACGUGAAAAAUUGUGCAGAAUGGCAAAACAGAAAUUGUCAGAUAUAAUUAAACUUGAUGAUAAGAGUGGAGUGGGUGCAAGUGAAAAGAGCAGUUAUCAAAGUGAUGUUUUAGAUUUUGACAAUCUAAUUUGGGAGAUUGAAUGCCUGCCAUCAUUUUGGAAAGAACUUCGAAAAAUGACUUGUGUUGUAAAAUCACAAGUAAUAAAGGCAUUAAAUCAGAUUGGCAAGGGGGAAUGGACAAGAAACGUACACAAACCAGUAACACACAACGGUUUGCAAAUUCCAUUAUAUGAAGCUAAAACGUCCAAAGCAGCCAGAAUCAUCUGGGAAGUUGGCAUAUCAAGGGAUAUCUCGAACCAACAAAGCAACACAAUGUAUCAUGAAGUUAUUCGAGUUUGGGCCGUAGUGUUAGAUCAUGGCAAUUUGCAGAGAACAAUAGCACAUGUUGUUGAAUGCCAUAAAAGAAGUGAAAGUCGUGAAAAGAUAGAGAAAAUGCUUAAAGGGUGUAAGCAUUCACAGUUUGAAGGAUGUAUGAAACAACGAAAGCCCGUGUCAUAUGUGGCAGCCAGAACAAACCAUGAAGAUGAUCUUGAUUUCUGUCUUGUCAGUGACGAUGCGAAAAUGCCACACAUACACAAGUUUCAAACAUUUUCCUCCGCAAUGGUUUAUGUCAUUCUACAGAAUGUACAUGUAAAUGUUGACUUCCUGUUCAAAGUUACUGACAAAGAGCGUAGUAUAAUAGACAUGAAAAGUAAAGGACCCGUUUUGCUACUUGGUCGAAGUGGUACUGGCAAGACUACCUGCUGCGUCUAUCGGUUGUGGACACAUUUCGCCACAUACUGGGAAAAAAUCAGAGAAAUUGGACAACCAAAUCUGCCAAUGCAAGAUGAAGACUUUGAGAGCAACUGUAAAAAUAUAACUGAUCCUGAUACCCAUAUCCAUCAGUUGUUUUUGACCAAAAACAAUGUCUUGUGUACAGAGGUACACAAACAUUUCAUGGAAUUAUGUCGUGGACAGAUGGCAACAAGAAGACAUGCUCACAAGGCAUCAGAAGACCUUCCUCCAAGGCUGCAGGAUAUUGAUGAUCUUAGUUAUCCCCUGUUUCUCACCUCGAAGCAAUAUCUGUUGAUGCUGGAUGCUUCUCUGGGCCCUUCUUACUUUUUCCAAAGGGAACCUGAUGGUACACUCAGUGUGCGGAUAGACGGAUGGGAUGAUGGAACUACGUUAUUUGGAUUUUCUCCACUUGACAUUGACCCAAAGGACGAUGACCCAAAUAUAGAGAAAGGUGUUCCCAGAAAUACUCAAACAAAACCGAUGGACCCAAGGAAGGAGGUCACAUAUGAAGUAUUUGCUCGUGAAAUAUGGCCAGAUAUUGUCACAAAAGUGGCAAGGAAAUAUCACCCAUCUCUUGUAUGGGCAGAGAUCAUGUCCUUCAUCAAAGGUUCGUUUGAAGCAUUAUCAAAUAAAUCAGGGCAUCUCACAAGAGAUGAAUACAUUGAUGUUGGCAGGAAAAAAGCACCAUUCUUUGUGGGUAAGAGAGAAAUUAUCUAUGAACUCUUUGAGAAGUACAGCCGCUUCAUUAAACAGAGGGGCCUGUUUGACAUUGUCGAUGUCAUUCAGAACAUUUACAAACGUCUCCUAGACCAAUGGCCAAGCCGUCCGUUUAUCGUGCAUCAGAUAUACGUAGAUGAAACACAGGAUUUUACAGAGGCUGAACUGUUUUUGCUUCUCAGCAUUAUGCGCAAUCCAAACGGUAUGUUUUUGACAGGUGACACGGCCCAAGGCAUCACAAAAGGGGUUUCGUUUCGUUUCUGUGAUCUGAAAUCUUUGUUCCAUCAUGCUAAAGUAUCUGGUCUUUUUGAGACACAGUACACAAUCACUGUGCCUUGUGUUCAGAAACUGACUCACAAUUAUAGGUCACACAAUGGAGUGCUAUCACUUACAUCUGCAAUCCUGGAUGUCAUGGAGGAGUUCUUUCCUGAAUCGUUUGACAAAGUACAUAUGGAAAGAGACGUGGGUUUGUUUCAAGGGCCAGCUCCAGUUCUCAUACAAUCGUGCAGAAGAGAAGAUUUGCAUACACUUCUUCAGGGAAGAAAUAGAAGUUCAUCAUCGCCAAUAGACUUUGGAGCUCACCAGGCCAUCUUAGUAGUGAACAAAGAAGCUAAAGAGUGUGUGCCUAAAGAAAUGUCCAGACGUUGCAAUGUCCUCACUAUCAUUGAAUCCAAAGGACUGGAAUUCAACGACAUUCUUCUUUUCAAUUUUUUCAAAGACUCACAGGCAUCGAAAGAAUGGAGAGUGGUAGCUUCGUGCUUGGAAAGACAUGCCAAAACGUUUACAGAAGAUCAUGAAGGAUUCCAAAGCAGUGGUGUCCAUCCACUGGCCUUUGAACCCAACAAACACAAGAUUCUCAAUUUUGAACUAAAAUACCUGUACACAGCUCUGACUCGGGCACGUGUCAAUGUGUGGAUCUUUGAUGAGGAUGAAGAGAAGCGGGCACCAAUGUUUCAAUUCUUCAAGGCUAAAAACCUGGUUCGAUGCAAAUCUGGCCAAUAUCAAGUUCCUGAUGACUGUACAGACGUUUCGACAGACAGUGAGGCAGAUGUGGGAUUUGCUGAAGAAUCCACACCAGAGGACUGGGUUAGCCAGGGUGAUACUUUCAUGGUGCGCCGUUUGUAUGACGACGCUGCAAAAUGUUACAGAAUAGCUGGUGACAUACAAAAAGAAAAAUCGUCCAUGGCACACAGUAGAGCCAUGAAAGCUGUUGGUCUCAAGGAUAACCCAAGGGCCAUGAAAAAUGAUUACAUCACAGCAGCGGAAGAGUUCAUUGACUGUGAUCUUGGGCCCGAGGUUGACAAAAAGGCUGCACUUUGUCUUCAGUAUGCCAAAGAGUAUGAGCUCGCUGGGAUGGCAUACGAGAAAUGUGAAGAGUUCAAGCAUGCGAGUGCUAUGUACCAUCGAGCAGAGGAGUUUGACGCGGAACAUCGCUGUCUGGAGAAGGCUGAGCUCGCGGCUCGGAAUGAGACCUAAGACAGCAAAACCGUACAACUGCCUUGUGGUGUUUCCAGGUGCUUCUACGGAGAGUUUAGGCUUGGGUGCUACUGGAAGCGCUGGUCAUGGUGACCUGUUUCGAGAAGCUCUGGGAUUACCAAUGUUUAAUUAAUGUUUCAUGAAUGUUUCUUUUGGAUAUUUGUGGCUUCCAUUGUAUUUGUGUGGGGUCCCUUGUGUGACAGUGUACAGAUGCAGAGCUUUAGACGCGGGAUAUAGCGUUGAGUUCCUAAUUAAAGGAAUUGUAUAGAUGUCCCUGAUGAAUAUUAAUGCAACUGAAUGAAUGCUUCACAAGUACAAGAGAGUCGGUGCUGAAUGCCGUGUUAACAUUGUAUCCACUAAAUGUUGUGAGUGAGUGAGUGAGUUGGGUUUAACGCUGUUUGUAACAGUUUUCCAGUUAUAUCAUGGUGUGUCAGCUUGAUGUGGGAGGAAAGUCCGAAGAGAUGCAGGUCUCGGACUUUUACCACUUCGGUGAAACCAACGAGCACGGGUACGGUGCUGACAUACCUAGAAACACAAUUGGGGAUAACCGGGAUUUGAACCCACAAUCAUAGGUUUCUGGCGUGCCCAAGGGACGCAACUCUGCACAGCGAAUCGCGGCGCCUUAGACGACUAGGGCACCCACUAAAUGUAGGACUUGAGACAAUAAUGAAGAUGGUAAUAGGAGUUAACGACUUUUGUGAAACAAGAGCUGGUUUGAUGCUCUGAGACCACCGAUCAUUAUCAUGGCAAAGCCGGGAUUCGAAAUCAACACCAGCAGAUCCUGUCUGCUCAAAAUAGCAACUUUUCACAGUGAAUUCCGACGCCAUCCCAGGUCAUUUCACAAGACAGGCAGCACAAAGUCUUGAUAUAAUAUAUUCAUGAAUAAUUAAAUUUGACGUCUUUAGUGUGUGUUUUGGGAGUAAAUGUCUAUGUGUGAAAUAUGAAUAUUUUUCUAUGCAGAACUGAAGUAUUCUUUUGUAAAUGGAAUUUGUUUGGUUGCAAAAUGCAUCAUAUACCAUUUGUUUAUCGAUUUAAUGAUGCAUCAGUCAGCCUAUUCCAGCUUUAGCUAUAACCAAAUUGGCCAGGCUAAUGUGGUGUUCAAAGCAUGAGCAAAAAUCCAUGUAGUAGCUGUAGGAUGGCACAAAAUCAGCAAUUGUGAUUUGAGGUUAUCUCGUAUUAUUUGUCGACCACAAAGUAGUCAGACAGUGGAGCAGGGAAUGAAUUUUCAAUACUCUUUGCUAGAAUCUGAUGUUUAAAAAGCAGAGUGUUUAUCACUCCACAUAUCGUUAUUUAUUUAUUUAUUUGGAUUGAGAUUCAUGUGAGUUUCUUUGAAUAAAAAGCAAAACAAUUACUUCCUCCCUUUGGAAUUUAUAAUAUUUGAAGAAGAAACUUACAUGAAAUUACUUGUCUAAAUCACAUCAAUAAAUCAAAUAAUUUAAUGAAAGGCUAACCAAGCUUCUGGAUCUCCUUCUAAGCCCUGAUAUUGCUGGAUCCCUGAAUACAAGGAGCACUAAUUUGUAAAGCCAUGGCAAAUAAUCUUUUCAUAAUAAUGUAAAACUUAAUUGAAAUAAUUAUAAAGAUGCCAUGAGGGUUCCAAUUCACUUCACCCUGCACUAUACAAACUAUAUAGCCUAUAAUAAUAAAAUUAGACCAUUUAGUCAAAAGACAGUGAUUAAUAUUAUGAGCAACAGUCAAUGCCAUUGUCUAAUGACGCUUAAUCAACAAAGUCACUGACAAAUUGAUUCAGUAUUUGCGCAUCGUAAGUCUCCAUGAUCCCCAGCGAAGUGGCCCAGCUUUGGCCACUGGUGGCCUAUAGCCCGUGUCUUAAAACUGUAUAUUAUAUGAUACUGUUAAGCCCAAAUAUAUUUGAUAAAUUGUAUUUAGAUAUAACUCUGUAUUCAUGAAUAAAGUGUGUAUAUAUCAACUUGGUCUAGUUGCUAUAUAUGGCCGAAAUAUUGCCAAUGCGACCUUAAAUCUUAAAUCAAUCACUCAAGUAUUCGCUUCCUUUUCUCAAGCAGAAUGAGAGGGAUCUGGAUACUUUAGAGCACAUUCAGCAGUAGUUGGUGUAUCUUUCUACAUGGUGAUAUAAUAAUGGAGUGGUGGGGAUGUGCAAAACAAGAUCGGCUCAAAAACAUACUACUUGGAUAUGACAUUUGAUUUUUAAUUUUCUCCCUCUUUUUGUCUCAACACCUUUGAAUAUUAAGAUUAGAAUGGUUGCGAGAUCCAACUGAAUAAAUCAUUGAUCAUUGUUUUUUAUGUUCAUGAGUCAAACAAAGUCUUGCAAUAUUUAUUCAACAAUUCAAAACAUUUACACAUAUUGAAUAAAUCCAAGAAAAGCAUUAUGUCUACUAUGGACAUAUCUGUUGUUUGUGAUACUGUUAUGUUCAGUAGAUCUGAAGAGUUUUUAAGUUCAGUGCCAGCUGACUGAUAGAUGAACAGAUGAAACAAGAUCGGCUCAAAAACAUACUACUUGGAUAUGACAUUUGAUUUUUAAUUUUCUCCCUCUUUUUGUCUCAACACCUUUGAAUAUUAAGAUUAGAAUGGUUGCGAGAUCCAACUGAAUAAAUCAUUGAUCAUUGUUUUUUAUGUUCAUGAGUCAAACAAAGUCUUGCAAUAUUUAUUCAACAAUUCAAAACAUUUACACAUAUUGAAUAAAUCCAAGAAAAGCAUUAUGUCUACUAUGGACAUAUCUGUUGUUUGUGAUACUGUUAUGUUCAGUAGAUCUGAAGAGUUUUUAAGUCCAGUGCCAACUGACUGAUAGAUGGACAGAUGAAACAAGAUCAGCUCAAAAACAUACUACUUGGAUAUGACAUUUGAUUUUUAAUUUUCUCCCUCUUUUUGUCUCAACACCUUUGAAUAUUAAGAUUAGAAUGGUUGCGAGAUCCAACUGAAUAAAUCAUUGAUCAUUGUUUUUUAUGUUCAUGAGUCAAACAAAGUCUUGCAAUAUUUAUUCAACAAUUCAAAACAUUUACACACAUUGAAUACAUCAAAGAAAAGCAUUAUGUCUACCAUGGACAUAUCCGUUUGUGAUACUGUUAUGUUCAGUAGAUUUGAAGAGUUUUUAAGUUCAGUGCCAACUGACUGAUAGAUGGACAGAUGAUGUAUGACAUAAGCUCACUCUGAUAAUUUCAAGGUAGGCAGACUAACAUUUUCAGUCAAAACACUUUAGUCAAAAUUAAACAGAAGUGAGUGAGAUGGGUUUAACGCUGCUUUUAACAGUAUUCCAGUUUUAUCGUGCUGUGUCAGUUGAAUGUGGGAGGAAGGCCUGAAGUGAUGAGACGUUUACCAGUCCAGUGAAACCCACUAGCACGGGUAUGGUGCUGACAAACCUAGAAACAUUAUCGGCGUGAACCAAGAUUCGAAACAACAAUCAUAGGUUUCUGGCAUGCCCAAGGGACGCAAUUCUAAACAGCAAAUCGCAGUGCCUCGGAUUAGUCGGCCACCCGUGCAACCAAUUAAACAGAAAGUUAUGUUGAAUAUGACACGAGAAAAACUGCAAGUGUCAUUUAUUAAGUUCGACCUGAAUUAGAUUCAAACCCUUGAAUGGGAAACUUCAGCAAAAUCUAUUUCAGAAAUGUU